AUGCCAAGUCGUUUUUCUGAUAUUGAACCUUUGAAUACUAAGCAAGCAAUAGAUAAUUAUCUUCUUUGCAAAAUUGUUCCACUCAGUGAAGCUAUUAUUCCUAUAUUACAUAUCGUUACUGAUAUUCUUGUUCAUAUUAACAUAGCUAAACUUGCAUGUCAAACUCCUUCAGACAAUCUUACACAAGAUGAAUCAGCUUCAAUUUAUCUAUAUACAAUGAAUACUGAAUUUUAUUUUAAAAUAAACAAAGCUUUACGAACAAAUGUAGUUGAAAACAUCAAACCAUGGUUUCUCUAUUUAAAACUUUUUCAUACCGCUUUAAAUAAAUUACCUUCACAAAAAGAACGUGUUUGGCGUGGAAUUGUAGGUAAUUUUCGCAGUCAAUAUACAAAAGGUACUCGUUUUGUAUGGACAGGUGUAUCAUCAACUUCGUCAGAUAUCGGUAUGAUCGAACAUUUUCUACCAAAUAAUAAACACACGACGAUUUUCUCAAUUAAUUGUUUAUAUGGAAAAUCUGUCACAAAACAUAGUGCGAUACCUGAUGAACAAGAAAUUAUUCUCAUGCCGGGAACAAAAUUGAUCGUUAAUGGAAUUUUAAAGAAACAUUUACAUGAUAUUAUUGAUCUUAAAGAAGAAAUCAAUCCAAAUUUUAUAAAUAGUCUUACCAUACUUCCUGCAAUAAAAGUAUCAGUGAAAAAAGACGAUUCAUGCCCAACUAGUCCAAAAGCACCGUUACCAAAGAAGCCAAAGGUUGUUUUGCCUCCAAUUAAAUCUCCACAAACGAAAGAAACAGUUCAAGAUAAUUCUGAACCGCAAAGAACAUUGGUUUGUCCUCAUUGUCAAGAAAAGAAUACUUAUUCACACUACAAACAAGGAUCCAUAAGUACAUGUUAUUCAUGUAAAGGCAAUUUUAAACAAGUAACAUGUCCUCAUUGUCAGAAGACAAAUUAUUGUAAAAAUUCUCAAGCUUAUGCUUCAAGUCGAUCUGUCGAUUGUGCAAAUUGUCAAAAAUCCUUUCAACAAUUGAAUUGUCCUCAUUGUAAUCAAUGCAAUUAUUUCCUCAAUGCUAAUUACAUCGAAGGAAAUACGGUGAAUUGUUGUACAUGUAAGAAGCCAUUUCAAGUGAUGAUUUGUACACAUUGUUCAUCAGAAAAUAUUUGGCAAAAUGCAAAUCAUGUUGAAGGUAGUCGAGUAAAAUGUUCCAACUGCAAAAAAGACUUUCAAAAAGUAAAUUGUCCUCAUUGUCAAGCGCGUUGUUCUUGGAAGAAUGCAGAUUAUCUUCCAGGUACUCGAACGUCGUGUGGAUCAUGUAAGAAAAUAUUUCAAUGUGUCAAUUGUUUUCAUUGUAAAACUCCUCUCAAAUGGUUGAAGUCGGAAUAUGAACAAGGAAUUGUAGUCAAAUGUACAUCGUGUUCAAAGAAAUUUCAACAAAUCAAUUGUCCGCAUUGUAAAGUAACGAAUUGGUAUAGAAAUGCCGAUUAUGUUCAAGGAUCAUCGACGCGAUGUUCGUCGUGUAAAGAAAAAUUUCAACUUUUGGCAUGUCCAAAUUGUUCGACAGCAAAUAUUUUGAAAGGAACAACUUUUUGUCAUGGAAAACGACAAACAUGUUUUAGAUGUAAAAAACCUUUUCAAAUGAUGCGAUGUCCUCAUUGUCAAGAAAUUGAAUACUUCAAAACAGGUACUUAUCGUCAAGGAAAUCAAAUAACAUGUCUUCAUUGCAAGAAAAUAUAUCAAUUGCUCAAUUGUCCAUAUUGUUUCGUUGCAUUGUAUGUUAAUGCAGCGAAUAAAUAUCAUGAGAAUAAAUUAAGAGAUUGUCUUUCAUGUAAACGAUCGUUUUAUGAUCUGAACUGUUGCAAAUGUGGUGCUGCUGAAUAUUUCAAAACACCAUAUCAAUACGGAUCUCGAGAUAAAUGUUCUUCAUGCGAUGUUACUUCACAAUAUGUCAAAUGNUUAAUAGAUUGUCUUUCAUGUAAACGAUCGUUUUAUCAUCUGAACUGUUGCAAAUGUGGUGCUGCUGAAUAUUUCAAAACAGCGUAUCUAUGCGGAUCUCGAGAUAAAUGUUCUUCAUGCGAUGUUACUUCACAAUAUGUCAAAUGUUUUCAUUGCAAUGCUAUGAAUUCAUGGCAAUGCAUUACAAAAAAAUAUGCUUAUGGACAUGGGUGGAUUGUGACAUGUGAUCGAUGUCAGAAAAAAUACCAACAUUUACAAUGUCCACAUUGCAAUACGGCGAAUUAUUCUUCGAAUUGUACCUAUGUCGAAGGAAAUAAAGUCAAAUGUGUGAAAUGUGAAAAGUUAUUUCAGCAUAAGCAAUGCAAAUCAUGUAACGCAUCGAACUAUUUUCCGAAUGCUGAUUAUGAUGCUUCGAAAGGAUAUAUUGUUUUCAUCAUAUUUUAUUUUUUGAUCAUUGAAACCAUCAAUCAUCAUGGAUUCCAGAUUUAG